CUAUGUUCGUAUGGUAUCUUUGCAAUAGUUUGAAGAUUAUUAAUUGGACAAUUAACAAAAUUAUAUGAAAAAAUUGUAAUGUCUUGACAUAUUAUUAAUAAUAUUAUCCGAUAUUUCGUUGAAAUUUAUAUGGAGUCGUAAAAUGAAUGUUUAUACAAUGCCUGGUGUCUCAGAGUUAGGAAUGGUAUGGAUGGGAGCCGGUGGUCAAUCUAAUUCAAACAUCUCAAUGGGUUUGAUGCCUCACGAGGCUUCGAAUAUGAUGAUGGAUCAUGAUAGUCCAUUUUUUGCGUCCCACCAUUCGACUUCGAAUCAUUCAACGGAUGAUAUGUCUACGCAUACACCAAAAAUGGAAAUGGACGAUUUAAGUUCAAUGAUGAUCGAUAGCAAUGAUACAUCGUCGUUCAAUUUAGAAGAUUUCGAUGAAGAUAACUCAACUAGAUUUAUGAUGAGUACAGCAACGCAAACAGCUACAAUGUCCAGUCGAAAAAUUAAACCAAUCAAACAUCCGGGUCUAGUUUUAAAAACGCCGAUUGCAUAUCAAAGUAAUACAGAUCCGUCUGUAAUACCAAUUCAAAAGGAUGGCAUGGCUGUUUGUGAAAAAUGCGGAGCAAUCGGAGUCAAACACGCAUUUUAUACACGGGAACGUCGAUUUUGUAGUAUGGCAUGUGCGCGUGGUUACAGUGGCCUUAUACCAGAACCUCUCACCUCAUCACCUCAACAAUCGCCUGAACAAAACAAUUUCGCCGAUUACAAAUUUAAAAUUGAACCAGAUGAAGAUUACAGUGGCUUAGUACCCGUUGAACCUCUUCCUCAAUUACCAACCCCGCCAACAUUAUUAACUAGUAUCGAGGAUACAAUGCCUUUUGUACGACGUAAAAUGCCUGAAUUGGCAAAUACGUACGAAUGGAAUUUCUCUGAUUCAAGUUUUGUCGCAGCUCCUGUUUCAAGUUUCCCACAUGCUCCCAUAGCCGAUAUAUGGGAUAACAUUUUGGUUGGCAUGAAAGUUGAAGUUGAGAACACAGAUAGUGAAAAUUUUUCAGAAGCUUUUCCCGAUUCAUUUUGGGUGGCAACUGUUUUAAAAAUUAUUGGAUAUAAAGCGUUAAUGCGUUACGAAGGUUUUGGGACCAAUUCCAGUAAAGAUUUUUGGGUUUCAUUGUGUUCAGCCACGGUACAUCCAGUCGGUUGGUGUGCCACACGUGGCAAACCGCUCAUUCCACCAAAAACAAUUGAAGAUAAAUAUAAUGAUUGGAAAGAUUUUUUAGUGAAACGUUUAACCGGUGCACGAACUUUACCGUCGAAUUUUUAUAAUAAAGUUAGUGAUAGCAUGAAAUCAAGGUUUCGUAACGGGUUAAACUUGGAAGUUGUUGAUAAGAAUCGUAUUUCACAAGUGAAAGUUGCCAUGGUUCAUAGUAUUGUAGGAAAACGUUUAAACGUUCGGUACCACGAUAGUGUUGCGGGUGAUCAAGGAUUUUGGUGCCAUGAAGAUUCACCGUUGAUACAUCCUGUAGGUUGGGCUCGCAUGGUUGGCCAUACUUUAGAUGCUCCAUUAGAUUAUAUUGAACGAAUAAAUGAAGGAAUUUGGGAUGAAGAUGAUGCUACGGCUACAUAUUUUACAAAUAUACAGAGUGGAUUAAAAAAUCAACAUUAUAAUUCGGGUUUCUGUGUGGGUAUGAAAUUAGAAGCUGUGGAUCCAUUGAAUUUGUCAUCGAUUUGUGUGGCCACGGUUAUGGAUGUUUUAAAAUAUGGGUAUAUUAUGAUUCGAAUAGAUACUUACGAUGUAGAAGCAACUGGAGCCGACUGGUUUUGUUACCAUAUUAGUUCACCAUGUAUUUUUCCUGUCGGAUUUUGUGAGAUGAAUAGUAUCCCGUUAACACCACCAAAAGGGUAUGACGCAUCUACGUUUAAUUGGAUAAGAUAUCUACAAGAAACAAAUAAUAUAGCAGCUCCCGAAUGUUUAUUUGCACGAGAUAUACCUCCGCAUAAUUUUAAAGUUGGCAUGAAAUUAGAAGCAGCAGAUUUAAUGGAUCCGCGAUUAGUUUGUGUAGCAACUAUAUCCCGAGUAGUGGGACGACUUAUUAAAGUAUCAUUUGACGGCUGGGAAGAAGAAUAUGAUCAAUGGUUAGAUUGUGAAAGUCCUGACAUAUAUCCCGUGGGAUGGUGUCAAAUGGUUGGUCAUAAAUUAGAAGGUCCACGAUUACCGACCAAACCAAAUACAGUUGUUGUAAAAUCACCUAAAGGUUUAAAGAAACGUGGACGUAAAAAAAAGAAUAAAGAUGUGCCCGCAAAACCAGCUCCACCAAAAAAUAAAAUACAUCAACAACAAAAUACGGCACAUGCACAACCGGCGCCGCCACCACCACCUGUAACGCAUGACGAUAUGAUUGAUAUUAAAGAGGAAAUCAUAAUUAAAGAGGAACAUCAAGAAGAUUUUACUGAACCAGAAACGGGUCAUGAACCAUCAGGGCCUGAUCAAAAUUUACCAAUGGCUUCGGAUUCAAGUCAAUUGUCCGCACCAAAUGAGAGGAAAGCAACGUCUUAUAUCAAUAACCAUUCCCUUGGAUCGACUGGUAAAUAUAUACCACGAUUGAUUGACGGUACGGGUGGAAUAUCCGAUAAUGGGGAAUUAUGUCCGGCAGAAUGGAAUGUUUUUGAUGUUGCACAAUUUUUGCGUGUCAAUGAUUGCGCAGCGUAUUGCGAUACGUUUAGUAAACAGAAAAUAGAUGGCAAUAGUUUGUUGACUUUAACAAAAGAUCAAAUAAUAAAUUUUACUGGAAUGAAAGUGGGUCCAUCAUUAAAAAUAUUUGAUUUAAUACAACAAUUAAAAAUCAAAUUAAAUCCAGCACAUUCACGUUUAAUGAAAGCUGCCAAUAUGAAGAAAAUAUUAUAG